CAGAAAUGGAGCACGCCGUCUACCUCUUCGUCUUCCUGCUUACAUUGACCACAGAGUCAGUCCAGAUUGAGGACAAUAAGAUCCCCAGCCUUUGCACUGGGCACCCCGGAAUUCCAGGCAGCCCCGGGAUCCAUGGUAACCAAGGCCUGCCAGGCAGAGAUGGGCGUGACGGGCGUGACGGAGCAGCAGGGAUGCCGGGAGAAAAGGGCGAAGUUGGUCAACCAGGAGCAGUGGGCCCCACAGGAGAAAGAGGCAGCCCUGGCCUCAAUGGGUUCCCCGGAGAGAAAGGAGUGCCAGGGGAGUGCGCAGUGGCUCCCCGCUCAGCCUUCAGCGCCAAGCGCUCCGAGUCUCGCAGCCCUCCCUUGGCCGACCAGCCAAUCGUCUUUGACGUGGUGCUGGUCAACGAGCAGGGACAUUACGACGGCAACACGGGGAAGUUCCUCUGCGAGAUUCCGGGACUGUACUACUUUGCUGUCCAUGCCACCGUCUACCGCAUGAGCCUCCAGUUCGACAUUAUGAAGAAUGGCAAGUCGGUGGCCUCCUUCUUCCAGUUCUACGGCAACUGGCCCAAGCCCACAUCGCUGUCCGGUGGCACCCUGGUGCGGCUGGAGCCGGAGGAUGAAGUCUGGGUGCAGGUGGGGGUGGGGGACUACCUCGGCUUCUACUCCAGCAUCAAGACAGAUAGCACUUUCACAGGAUUCCUGGUCUACUCCUACUGGCAAAACUCUCCCGUCUUUGCCUGAGAGACGACUUGCCCCUCUCCGCCACGCAAUUUGCGGAGGACUCCCGCGUUCCCCUUCUUGGCUCCGCCACAGCUGUCGUCCGUGGGGACACCUGUGGCCCUUCUUAACCCGAGGGGUGCGGCACCCCUUUAGCUAAUGCCUGUAAAAGGGU